AUGAUGCCCAGAACAGCCACGUGUCACAUGACCACAUGGGUAUAUGGAAUAGACUUUGGAUUUGUAUAUAUUAUCUGUUAUAGUUAUUUCCUUCUUAAACUUAAAAUCAGCUGCCGUAAUAAUUAUAUAGCUAUUUUUUUUUUCAAUUCAUUGUUCUGUCUGUUGAAAGAUCCUCAAGAUCUAGAAAUUACGGAUUUACUAAGAUAUCUAAUAUCUACUUGGUUAUACCCACCGAUUGAUUUGCUUCCAUUCACAAUCGUGUCCCCGGUAUUUUCUGGUCUUUGGGGUGCUCUUCUUGCUAAGUAUCGAAAGACUGCCGGGCUUGUCUUGUUUGUCUCGUCGGUUUUCACGGCUGCCGGAAUAGCCAUGCUCGGUACGCUCUCCGAUGAUAAUCUUCGUCUUGAAACCAACCCAUAUGUGUUUGAGGUAAUCUUAGGCCAGAUCGAGGCUGUCCUCAGCUCGACGUCCGACGGCUCGAUAUUGACCGUUCCAUGCUUUACUGGCAUUUGCAGAACUCGAUUUGGUGGCCUCGGCUCUCUUGUUGAUUGA